AUGGAUUCUGAUGGGGGAAGGGGAAAAGCGUCGAUUCCAAAAUUUGGAAGUUUCAAGCCGCGGUCAACAGCCCUAGCGAGUGAUGGUAAAGGCAGAGAUGAGAAGAAGUCUUUGAAGGAGGUUGCGGGCGAUCGAGAGAGAUCUAGGAGGCCUUCCAGUUCUUCUAGACAUGAUGAAUCACACCGGGAAAGGGAGAAAAGUCGCGAGACCAGAUCUCAUUCCGGUAGACCCAGGCGUGAUCAAAGGGUUGAUAUAUUGAAACCCCAGCCCGCCCUAGAUGCUUCGGAUCUUUACGUAUUGGAUCCUACGGGUGAUCCAUACACACUGAUAUAUGGGUCUCUCCACAAGUACGAUAUCCCCCGGUACUAUCGUUUUGGCGCAGGCAGGGUGCUGGGUCUUCCCACAACUUACACCAUUGACCAAGACCUUAGCAGCGAUACAAAGAUAGUGAUAAAGCUAAGAGGAGCUACAGCAGAUACAAUACAGCGUAGCCACAAGGCACUCUGGAAAUCGGCUUCCAGACCGACAAAACUCCGACGCUUGGUCCCCCGUCAAAAUGAGAAGCCAGAUCUAGAGCGUGAUUUCCUGCCAUUGAAUGAAGCCGGAAGCCGGAAGCGGAGGCGUAUGGCGGAUGGAUUCCCUGAUACUUCCUAUAUAGCGACUGAAGAAGAGAAACUUCCUGAUUACCGGUCUAUCGAGGGGAAAGCUAAGCCUGAACCGGACUCUGAUGUCGAAACUGAUAUGGGAUCUGAUUGGAGCCUAGAAUCAGACGGAGAAGGGGCUAGGUUGCGCCAUGCCAGCUUGUUCUCAAACGCGAUUGAUAAUCCGGACGAUGUCGAAGGCUGGCUCCAGCUUAUCAAUCACCAAGAUAACAUGGUCGGUGCCGCAGACAGAGAGGGUUAUCGAAAGUAUACAUCCGCAGAAAAGAGAAGCAUUGCGGACAUGAAGGUGUCCUUGUAUGAAAAGGCGUUAAAGGGCCUUUCUCCUAAUGUUCCUCGGGACAAGCUUCUGCUCGGAAUGAUGGAAGAGGGCUCCCUAAUCUGGGAUCAAAAGACUCUAUUGAAUAAAUGGAAGUCUGUAUUGCAGUUCAACUCUGGUUAUAUUUCUCUCUGGAUCAAGUAUUUGGACGUCCAGCAAACCACUUUUACCAAUUUUACUUAUGAGAAAUGUCGACAAGUAUUCUUGGAGUGUUUGAAAGUCAAUGAAAACCAACCCGAUAGCACCGAGAAGCAGAUUAUUAGUCUCUACAUCGUCUUGCGCUUGAGCCUUUUUAUGAGAGAAGCUGGUUUUACCGAGCACUCAAUUGGGCUAUGGCAAGCCCUCCUUGAGUAUAAUUUUUGCUGUCCGCAAGGCCUCAAUUCAAAAACCGAUCGACCGGCUGCUAUUUCGGCAUUCUCUGAAUUCUGGGAGAGUGAAGUCCCGCGGAUUGGUGAAGUGGGAUCAGAGGGUUGGGAUAAGUCGGGUGAAGACUCACCAGAUCCAAAGACUGACCCUGCCGUCCCAAACAUUGAUGUUAAAGAUGUUUUUAGUUCUUGGGGUAGCAUCGAGCAGGAUUUGAUGUCAUCAUCAUUCUUACCAGCCAGAACACUCGACGAGGUGCAGGAAGAUGACCCCUACCGGGUAGUACUGUUCACGGAUAUAUCUGAUUUCCUUGUUCAUCUAUCAGAUCCUAGUAUAUUACACUUACUUAUUGACGCUUUUCUGAUAUUUUGUCACUUACCGCCAAUCUCACAUGGAGAUUGCGAAAGGACUUGUGGUUGGCAUACCGACCCCUUUUUGUCGAACCGCAAUCUGGAUGAGAUAGGAAAGCAGCUAUCGGAGUGGUUUGCUUCCAUCAGCACGAAGGAGGAAGAUGUUGGUCCAUGUUCACCGUUUUCAUUCCCCAAUCCGAUAUUCAGAAAUAGUUUUGACACCCUAUUUGGCGAUGGAAUAAACUGGUUUUCGACAUUUGCACCAUGGAAAGCAACAUACCUUGAGAGAAGUAACCUGGUCGACGUCGAAUGGAUUCGGAGAUCACUGAAGAUGCUGGUAUCAAGAAUGCCGGACAAUGACUACUUAGCAUCCUAUACUAUUGCCUUGGAAUAUAGUAUCCACCCCAAGGAGGCGAAGAAGUAUGCAAAAAGCCUUUUGAAGCAGCGCCCUUCAAGCAUCAAACUAUACAAUUCUUACGCGCUGAUUGAGGCUAAAAACGGCAAUAUUGCUGCCGCUGAGAAAGUUUGGACAACGACUCUUUCUAUGAGCCAAAGCUUCUCCAAGGAGGCUGCUCUGGACUGUAUCCUCCUCUGGAAUAGCUGGGUCUGGGAAGCUCUUAAUAAUCAGAGCGCUGGAAAAGCAACUCAUCUGUUGCUUGCGAUUCCUAAUAAUACUAUAGAUCUGAGUUCCUUAUCAAAGGCUGGAGAUGGGGAUGCAGUAAUUAGCGCGACAGAGCUUCUUAAGACUAAGAGACAUUUAGAUGGUAUCCAGGCUCACGGGCUGACAUUCCGCAAUUCAGAGGUAUUCAGCUACGCUACUGACUGCCUGGCCCUUUUACUUUAUCUUACCCAAAACCAAGAACUGUCAGGGGCUAUUGAAGUCUACGAUAACGCAGAACAACGCCUCAAAGACCAGAAGUUGGAUAAGGCAGUGUUCUUGGAACCAAUACAUCAAGCAAAGGCUCGACUGCUAUAUUAUCAUAUUACUGAAAACCGUGUGUAUAAACCUGCACAAGUUCGGGAAGAAUUGUUCAAGAGUAUCUUACUUUUCCAACAAAACACAAUCUUCCUUGGCCUCUUUGCAUUCAAUGAAGCUCGAUUCCGAGUUGAAAAUCGAGUUCGAUCGGUCCUCACCCGCCAAAUUCAUGAGCCAGCGGACGAUUCGACCACUACGAAACGGUCCACGCUUAUUCCUCACUUAUUUUCAAUCUACUCAGAGCUUCACAGAGGGGUAUCUGCUGGUUCAACGGCUCACUCUGUCCGUGCUGCGUUUGAGGCUGCAGUUUCUUCACAAUCGGGCCAGCACAGUGCUGCGCUAUGGAAACUAUUCAUACAAUUCGAGCUUACGUUUGGUGAGAGUGAAAAGGCACGUCUGGUAUUUUUCCGUUCUAUUCGGGCAUGCCCAUGGUCCAAACAGUUGGUUCUUUUGGCGUAUGGAGAGCCACGCCUUAAGGAGUCGAUGGGUUUUGAUGAACUAAGGAAGGUUUUCAACGUGUUGGUCGAGAAAGAGCUGAGGGUCCAUGUUGACCUGGAGGAAUGGUUUGAAGAGAAUGAAGAGGCCGUGGUUGGGCCGGAUGAUAGUGCUAUGGGCCAGAAGCCCCCGAUUAACAUGCCGGACGAUAGAAGCUCGGAUGAGGAUGAAGUAGCUGUUCGGUUUAUCAAAUAA